AUGAGAGCAAAACUUUUUAACCGUUAUAAAAAUAAAUAUUGUUAUUCACGCGAAAUGGCUGAAAUCGAUCAUUUGAAAGGCUACUUGUCUAAAUAUAUAUGUUCUUUAACAUCGUUGUCUAAGGCUAGUAGUUUCGACGAAUCGGUCCAACUAUUUUUAGAAAAGUCAAAUAUUUAUCAAUAUCGUGUUCAUUUAUUGCGUUUAACAGCUUUAUUUAUUUCUGAUCAUUCUCACUUUAAAAUGUAUCUAUCAACAGUCGAGGAAAUUAUUGACAGUGGAAGUGAAACAUUUGAAAACGAAGCUAUUAUAUAUUUUUCUGUUGAUUAUAUUGACCAGCACUUAUUUUUGUUUAAAAAUGCUUUUGAAUAUUCAUAUGGAUUAAAAGCCAUGUCUCAAUGGCUAGCGCUCGUCCAUACAUUGAUAUACGGCUAUAAUGGUUUAAGAUUAACUCAAGUCGGUCGUUUGCUCGAACGAAACGGGGGUUUAAUGUCGAAAACCGAGACAGGAACCUAUAAUAUGAGUAUCUUUAAUAGCGGGUUCUACGUAGACGGAAAAAGCGAUUCAAGUCAUAUACCAAAUAAUCUCAACGCCAUAUUUGAGAUGGAUAUGCAAUCUGUAGGCGGCAAAGAGACCGCAUUGUUGAAGGAUAAUUUUGGCGAGUUCGAAAGAAUGUGGGCGAAUAGCUCAAGAAUGACCUCAGGUAAAAUUAACUCUUUAAUAUCUGCAGCUAAGGUAUUGAAUGAUAGAACUGACGAAUCUGAAUCCUCAAACAAAUCGAAAAACAUAAACUCAGCAUUCAACGAUAUCUCUGAAGCUGCAGAACAAAUCGAUAUGGUCAACAUCAAGAUAAGCGAUAAAGAACGCACUAGAAUAAAAGAACGACUAAACAAGUUACGGCGCAAAACCAAAGUCAUUCUGGAAGGAAUAAAAAAACUAGAUGUUAAUGAUGAUGUUGUGACGGAAACAUUGUUUGAAAUAUUGAAGAUGCGUAAGAUGGGAUUUGACAUUCUUAAUAAAGAGCACAUUCGCGAGUUUUUCGAACGAACUUUAGUUGUGGAUGAUUUGAAAAAUCAUCAAACCGGUGGGACUGGUACGGUACUAGGUGGUACAAAGAAACUAGGUUCAGGUGGGCAGAAAAAAACAAAAGAUAGCGCUGGUUUGCCUUUCUCUAAAGCUAAAGUUGAAACGAAAAAAGUGGAGGUGACGAAAACCGCCAAAAAAGCCAGUUUUGCUAAGAAACAGUUCAAGCUUGGAACAAAAGCUCCCCCACCUCCUCCGCCAAAAAAAGUAGUCAAGGCAACAAUAGCACCUUCCAAUCGUGCAAGACUGAAGAAAUUGUUGUGGGAAGCCAUCGAGGAUGAAAAAGCGGCAAGCCAGAUGUAUCGAGAAGAUAUAUCUGGCCUAGUAGUCAUUGACCCAAACUUAAUUAAACAAGACUUUGUUCUUGCAAAUCCAUUAACUAAAAGCAAUGUAGAAGAAAAAGCAGCCAAAGUUACUGUUAAAAAAUUGUUUUCAGAUCCAAAGAGACACCAUAACAUGUCUAUUGCUACUGCUAAACUUGCUAAACUUAAUUGGAACAUUUUAAAGCAAGCGUUAAUUGAUUUAAAUCCUGAAAUAAUCGACCCUGAAGUUUCCUGUGAAUUGAAUGAAACAACCGUUAGUGGUAUUCGUGUGAGUACGUUGAAUAAAUUUUACGAAUAUAAAACUACAAAAAAACCAAUCAUAAGUUUGUUGGAAUAUUUGGUUACUAUUAUGCGUAACAACGGUGCGCAAGACGAUUUGUUGAUGCAUGAAGAAUUGUUCGAUCUGGAGCCUGCAGUCAAGAUCGAUCUUAAAGGUUUAAAGGGACGUAUUGAUGAGCUGUCUAACACGCUUAAUACGAUAUUGAACAAGCUUACAGCUAUCGACAAUAAUGCUGACGAAGUUGUAAAACAAUUAGUAGCAUUUUUUACUCAAGCCGUUACUACGGUGAAGUCUUCUAACUAUGCAAAAAACAAAAGCGACAAAGAUAAAUUUUUAGAGCUAUGUGAAUUAAAGUCUGAAUACGAGUUUCUGGAACGCAAAAAUAACUUUUUGCGGCUGGAACAAGAACAACUCAAAGAGAAAAUAGGUCAGAUGCACAGUGAAAUAAAACGUGUGCAGCACGUACCUCUCUUAGUAGGUCAAUUUCAAGAACUGAUAGACGAGAAUCAUGCAAUUGUUCAAGGCAUGGGUGGCGUGAGUUUUUACGUCCGCAUCCUCGAUACUAUAAAUAAAGAACUGCUUAAACCAGCUGUUAGUGUGGCGAUGCACCGUCAAUCUCAGGCUAUAGUUGAAAUUCUUCCUAAUAACGUCGAUGUGUCUAUCAGGAACUAUCAAGUGAGUGAAAAACCUGACGUCAAGUACACGGAUAUUGGAGGUUUAGAAAUUCAGAAACAGGAAAUACGUGAAGCUGUAGAAUUGCCGUUGCUUUGUCCUGAACUUUACGAAAACAUUGGAAUAGAAGCGCCAAACGGAGUACUGCUGUACGGGCCUCCAGGAACUGGCAAAACAAUGCUUGCAAAAGCCGUUGCAAGUUCUUCAAGCGCUUCUUUUUUCAGCGUUGUAGGAAGCGAGUUCGUCCAAAAAUACUUGGGCGAAGGCCCUAAAAUGGUCAGAGAUGUGUUCAAAUUCGCCAAAGAACAAGCCCCAAGUAUAAUAUUUAUAGACGAAGUUGACACCAUCGCAACGAAGCGGUAUGAUGCGCAAACAGGUGCCGACCGAGAAGUGCAGCGCAUACUUCUUGAACUAUUAAAUCAGAUGGACGGGUUUGACCGCAAAAACAAAGUAAAAGUGAUAAUGGCUACAAACCGUAUCGACACUCUCGAUCCAGCCUUGCUGCGUCCAGGUAGACUCGACCGAAAAAUUGAAUUUCCGUUACCAGACAAACGCCAAAGAAGACUGAUUUUCCAAAGCUGCACGGCCAAAAUGAACCUUGGAGCUGAAGUCGAUCUACAAGAGUUUUUCAACAGGCCCGGUGCCAUUAGCGCUGCAGACAUUGCUGCAGUAUGUCAAGCAGCUGGUAUGCACGCAAUCAGAAAUAAUCGCUACAUUGUCCUUCAUAAAGACUUCGAACGUGGUUGGGAAGACCAUAUUAAGAGCAAACAGCAAACAAUGGAUUUCUACAGUAUGUAA